CAGGAUAUGCACGGCGCACGAUAUGCGCAGUGCAGGCUAUGCACAGUGGAAAAUGCACAAUACGCACCAAGUAAAGGCGCAGAAUAUGCCCAGCGCAUGCUAGGUGCAAGUGCAGGCUAUGCACAGUCGAGAAAAGCACAAUACGCACCAAGUAAAGGUGCAGAAUAUGCCCAGCGCAUGCUAGGCGCACGUGCAGGCUAUGCACGGUCGAAAAUGCACAAUAUGCACAACAGGAAGGGCGCAGACUAUGCGCAGCGCACGAUAGGCGCAGUGCAGGCUAUGCACAGUCGAAAAUGCACGAUAUGCAUGGUGGAAAAUGUGCAGGCUAUGCACCGUCGAAAAUGCACGAUAUGCAGUCGAAAUAUGCACGAUAUGCACGCUGGAAAAACGCAGGAUAUGCGCAGCGCAGGCUAUGCACCGUCUAAAAAUGCACAGAGUGCAGGGCAGGAACAUGCAUGAUAUGCACAGAAGCAAAGACACUGGAGAUGCGCAGCAGAGAUCAUGCAAAAUAUGCACAACAGUUACAACUCACUAAAUUCGAAGUAAUUAUUGACGCUAUGUGGCCCAGGCCAGCGGCUGGGUCAAGACCAACGGUCCAGAAUGAGCUGAGACCAUAGAAUGUCCCUGCAGCGUUGUUAGACAACGCCAGGAACCCAAAAGAACGAAAAUAUGCGAUAAUAUCGCACCAAGUGCGAUUAAAUCGCAGGAUUUGAACGCCCAAUAAGAAUGGGAGGGAAACCCGAAUAAGAGCGGAAUUGAAGCGAAGAGGUGUCUCCAGCAUGCAGGGCUUGG